GACACCAAGGGGAACAACGGCGAGCGCGGCUACCUCAUCGUCACGAACUUGCGUCUCAUCUGGACGUCGUCCAAGUCCCCGCGGACAAACUUGAGCAUUGGCUUCAACUGCGUCUCCUCCGUGACCAUCAAGCAGGUGAACUCGAAGCUGCGGGGCAACAGCCAGGCCCUGUUCGUGAUGACGCGCUUCAACAACUCUCGCUUCGAGUUCAUUUUCACAUCCUUGGUGAAGAACAGUCCGCGGCUCUUCGUCACAGUGCAGGCGGUGUACAAGAGCUACGAGACCACCAAGCUGUACAGAGACUUGAAGCUCCGAGGAAACAUCAUUCGCGAUAAGGAGCUGGUGAUGCUCCCGCACGAACAGGUCUACGAGACGAUCGGUGGCAUAUGGAACCUUUCCUCUGACCAGGGCAACCUGGGCACCUUUAUCAUCACGAACGUUCGCACGGUGUGGUUCGCUGUGCUCGCAGAGAACUUCAACGUGUCCAUCCCUUAUCUCCAGAUGAAGAACCUCAACGUGAGGAACUCCAAGUUCGGUCAGGCACUGGUCAUCGAGACCACGGCCUCCAUUCCUGCUCCUCCCCUCGGUGGCUACAUUCUCGGCUUCCGAGCGGACCCGGUGGAGCGACUCGAGCAGGUGUAUACCCAGGUGUCCAAUCUGUGGAAGAUUUUCAGCGUGACCCCGAUAUUCGGCGUCGAGGCCGUCUCAGACGACAAGCCGGGGGACGAGAAGGAGGCGUUCGCUCCUCGGACAGAGGACGACGUCCAGAUAGUCGACGGCGAUUAUGUCGAGCCGAGCAUGCUCUACCAGCCCGAUGGGGAGAAGGAGGCUGACCGGGAGCCCGUGUACAAUGCGGAGAUAGGGUUGGCCAUGGAGAGGUCUGCCCGGCUGCAGAGCCGGGGGCAGCGCGGCGUCCCUAUGGAUCCGGACGGCGCCGACCCGUACGACGAGUGGGGCCGCUUUCACUGCAAUUUCCCUGGGUGCAUGAGGCGGACCGAGGUAGCCUACGUGACCAGCUGCUCGCACAUCUUCUGCGAACAGCACGCCAAACAGGUGUUCAAAGGAAGGGACACUUGCCCGUGCUGUCCUGAACAAUCUCGGCGUGUCGACGUUAUAUCGCUGGACUUGUCACGCAAGAACGUGGUCCGCAAAGGGCGGAUGUGCCUCGUAGGCAUGAACCCUACGGAGAUCCAGCAGGCUUGUGAGACGGCCAUGUGCUUCUGGAUGACGCAGAAGUCUUAUGAGCAUGCCGCGGCUGAGCAGCGCCAAGCCACCAAGACGGAAAAGCUGGCAUCGACGGAGAAGAGUGUCAAGAUUCAGAUGAGCACUUUGGAAGGGGACACAGAGGAAUUGAAGGCUCAGCAGCAGCACAUCCAGAAGAGUAUCGACGAGACGCGGAAGGCAAGUGGCGACAUUAUUGAACGUAAGCAACGUUUGAAGCGAGAAUUGGCAGAGACAGAGGAUAAGUACGCUCGGCUGGCCAAGCCACAUGGGGAGCCCCGCAACUAUCCUGCCUGCAUCCGGCAGCAGCCGCAGCAGCAUCAGCGACAGUCGCCCUCGCUCAUUGAUUUUGGCAAGAGCAGGCCUUCGUUUAGGGAGCCGGCGCCCAAGGAACGACUGUUUGCACCUGUGUCUCCUGCACCGGCGGCCAACGAGGCAGUCAGAGGUUCGUCAACACCGUGGCUCGCCCCGAGUGCGCGGAGGCCCAGGUCCCCGCAGAGCACGGGCGCCUUCUUAAAUGCACGGGAAUCUGGUCGAGGAGUGCCAUCCUUCACCCCAGGAUUUCUCGGUACCGGCCGGUUGACGAAGAGGAGGCUCGCAGAUUAG